AUGAGCGAAUGCCAUGGAGAGGUCUUGACCGAUCUGGAUCAGAGCAUGUGGGACAUGUUUUAUAGUACUGCUAUGAAAUACCCACAGAGAGAAGCUGUUACGAACAUGGGGACAAAAGUCCGUGCGUUCAGGCUUCUCGACAGAAUCUCUCCAUCGUCGCAUGAGGAAGUCGUGUUUCAGUGGAGCUAUGAAGAGCUCCUCAGUGCUGUAGAGACUAUCUCUGCAUGGCUCCAGGAGAGUAGAUGUUGCGAGGGAGAGUAUCUUGUCACUUUUGUCUGGAACUCAGCUGAAUGGGUGAUCUUCUUCUGGGCUGCUGCAAGAUUGAAGAUGCCUUUCAUUCCUCUAGAUCCACGCACUCUGGAGCAGACUGCUGAUGAAUACAUUUUGCGUCUGAGACCGUCUGUAAUAGUGGUGCAAGACGAAGCAGCGGCCGCAACUUUGGAAAGUGUGUCUUCUCAUUUCAAAGGCUCGAAAGCUCGCAUAUCAUGUACAACAUCGCCGUCAAAGUCGUGGACCUCCCUCAGCACGCUUUCAAACAAUCGAUCACGUGCUUCGCCGUUCAAGAAUGCACCAUCUCCUGGUGAAGACCUGGCUCUCAUUGUUUUUACCAGCGGUACAACAGCUACCCCUAAGGGAUGUUGUCAUACAGCAGCGAAUCUUUGGUCAGAAAGCUAUGACUUCGAUCCCGACAAAGAUCCGAACAUGGUCGAAAAGUGGCUUGUCCACACUCCAGUCUCACAUGUCUUCGCGGUGAAUAAUGCUUUGCGCUCUUUUAGAUAUGGUGGAACUGUUGUGUUUGCAUCGAAAACUUUCGACAUUCAUGCUUCUUUGAAGGCCCUGGAACUUUAUCAGUGUACUCGUAUGUCCGCUGUCCCAACCUUGGUUCAGGGGUUGUUGUCAUUGCCUGCGUUUCCGGGGAAGGAAAGAUUAGCGUUGCAUUAUAUGUCUCUUGGUGGGACGUUGAUUAAAGCGGAGGAUAUACAGAUGUGCAAACGACUAGGUAGUGAUGCUGUGAUGCAAGUGUAUGGGAUGAGUGAAGGUGCACCUACUCUGAGUUGGCUCAGAGAUGAUCCUCUGCUUGCAUCUGGACAUUAUCCAGGUGUUGGUAAAGUUCUUCCUGGCAGCCGCAUCCGUAUAUGCGCGCCUGUAAGUCGUGAGGUUGUAAAAAGGAAUAUUCCGGGCGAGCUACGCAUGGGAGGAACUUCUGUGAUAUCUGGUUAUUUGGACGGCGCCGAUCCCGAAGCGUUUUACACUGAUGAGUACGGAAGCUGGCUGAAGACAGGAGACCAGGCAGUUCUUGAUGACAAUGGCGUUGUUCAAUUACUUGGUCGGUACAAAGAUCUAAUUAUCCGGGGUGGGGAGAACAUUUCACCUGCAAAAAUCGAAGAGUGCUUGGGACAGAUUCCAGGUGUACUGGCACAAGUUGUUGGCGUCCCUGAUAACAUUGCUGGUGAAGUUCCAGUUGCUGUGGUUCAAUCCCUCAUGUCUCGAACGAAGGCAGAGAUAAUGCAUCUUGUGCAGCCACUUGGGCAAAGCUAUUCACUCGCUGCAAUCGUGACUUUAGAAGAGCUGGGCAUCGAGAAAUACCCAUUGACUUCUGCUGGCAAAGUACGAAAAAAUGUUUUGAAAGAACUGCUAGUUAAAUACUUCGAACCCGAACCCGAGCCGGAACCGGAAUCGCGCACCAACAAGUCAAAGACCAUUCGACAACUCAUUGAGAUCUGGGCCACCUUGGUGGUCAAUUCACCUUCGAAGGAUGACUCCGUGUAUGAUUUCGCGGACAGCAUAUCUCUUUUGAGGUAUUGUGACAAAGUGUGGAGAGCCCUCGGAAAGAAACUUUAUCUUCAAGACUUCGUUAAGCAUGAGACCAUUGAGAAACAAGCGCAACUGCUACAAAGUCGAGGCGAAAGCACAGCGGAAGCAGAGUCUCCUUUAGUUUUAUCUGCGACCGAACUAAAUCGUACCAAGGACGGACCACCUGGCAUUGCCGAUAUGGCUCAUACUAAUGGCGACCCUCAACGAUUCAUCGAAACGAGAAUGGCAACGUCCAAAGCGAUUGAAAAGCUUGAACUCUCGUGGGACAACGACGUCGAGGAUGUCAUUCCAAUCAAAGACUUGUUCUAUGGUGUUGUAGACGGACCACGACCGCAGUCUUACCGACACAGAAUUGCUUUCCGAGUAGACGGGAAAAGCCCGGAGAUUAUUCGUGGAGCUUUAGAAAAAGGCUUUGCUUCGAGGCCUCUGUUCCGGGCUCUUCUUGUGAAGCUUUCAGACAAUACUCCUGUUCACGUUGUUAUUCGGCCAGGAAGUUCUCUCUUCAAGCUUCUUAUCACCGAAAAGCAAUGCGAUGAAAAAGCCACCCAAGAAAUUAUCCUGGAUGAUUCUGGAGCAUCCUUCUCGCGCCUCCAAAUGGUUCAAGCAGUCAUUGCUCAUUCCAAAGACUCCACAACGUUGAUCCUUUCGUAUAAUCAUUCUGUCUUUGAUGCAAUGUCGAUGGUUCCAUGGAUGAGAGAUCUCGACCUUCUAAUCGGAGAUCCGAACAUCACGCUGCUUUCCGCAACGCCUUUCAAGCUCUUCGCUGACAUGGCUUAUUCUCAUCGUGAAAGCAUGCCAGCCACAUUAGAUGUGCAGUACUUCGUUAAACGAUUGUCAGGAAUCAGCAAGCAAACCAAGGCAUUUUGGCCCCCUCAACGAGCUCCUGGAUGGAUGAUAGGUAGAGAUGUUGACUCGGAACACGGAGAGGCUCGGAUAAAGUCCAGAAAAGCAGAACCUAUAAGAUAUCCCCGAGUCUGGAUAAAAUCAAAAGUGCCUCACCUCGCAGCUUUGAAGGCGAAAAACAUCCAGCCAUACAUCGUUGUCAAGACUGCAAUCGCUCUCUUCAAUGUCUUAAAAACUGAUCAAGAAUAUGCUAUUCUCACCACCAUUGAUGCUGGACGUAGCUGGCCAUUUAUGCCAGCUUGGAUUCCGCUUCCUCCUGCAAUGAGUAUCGAUGGUCCCACGAUUGAGUGGACCGCGAACAUGCUUCGGAUUUUGCCAGACGAGACAGUGGAGCAUCUUCUUGAGCGGAUUCAGAAAGAUCAAGAGGAGCUCAGCCUCCACGCUCAUGCUCCGAUGUUUAGAGUCAUGGAUGAACUCGGAGUGGAAGGACCUUUUGUACAGGAUGCGAUGAUGAGACAGACGUUUAACUGGGACAUUAGUCUUCAGUAUCUGAAAAGCGGCAAUUCAUAUGGAGAUGUUGAUUUAACGAGCAUGAAGCUUAUUGAUAGAGUUGAUUGGCCCGACUGUGGAUUCUUCUGGGAAGCUGGCAUGCUGAGUGCGGAUGAACUCUGCGUUUUGGCGACUUGGGACGAUGCUCAGUUGAGCUUGGAAGAAGCUGAAGGACAUGUCGCGAGCCUGAACAAGAUAAUUCAGUGGAUCACGCAACCGGAUCAUUUGUUCAGGCCAGUGGGAGAACUGUUGGAGGGGAGGUGGGAUUGA